AGGACAACUGCAUGCGCAACGUUCUUGAUUGAAACCCAGAUCGGCGUCAACAUUGUUGAUAAAGACGAUCAAACAGCAUUAACUCUGGCAGUAUCCCAUUACAACCACGAAUGCAUAGCUGUUCUGCUUGAAAAUCUCGCAGAUGUUGAUAAAAGUUCGAUUGAAACCUGGAAAUCAGCGUUUGAAAAGUGCAGGAAAGUGCUGAAGGACAGACAAAAAAAGAGAAAUGAUUCUCAUGUGACCACACUUCUCAUGGACUUCGCCAAACAUCCUUAUUGUGAACUUCUACAGAAAAUGCUGGAGUUGGGUGAGAAAGUGGAUGAUACCGACGUAGAUGGAAAGACAGCCUUGAUGUAUGCUUGUUGGUACAAUCAGUGUGAGUGUGUGAAGACUCUAUUGAAGGGAGGAGCAAAUGUGAGUGCAUGUGAUAUAGAUGGCAUAACACCACUAAUGUAUGCGUGUAUGAGAGGUUGUGAUACAUGUUGUUCUACAUUACUCAAUGCUGGGGCAAGCAUAAAAGCUGAGGAUAAGAACGGUAAAACAGCUAUAUUCGUUACUAAAGUUGAUCGCAGUCGCUUUAGUCAGACUUAUAUAAUAUACGAAUACCUACUAACUCAAGGAGCAAGCUUCGAGCUUUGCAAUGUGGAUGCUCAUCUAAGAGACAUGUUUAUCGAAUGCUUUGACUACUUUUCAUCAUCUGAAAGAGUAAUUCUCUAUGAUUUAUUCCUAAGGUACGAGUGCUUUAAUUGUGCGCAGGAUCUCAUGUUUAGGAUAAAAUCAGAACCAGAAGCAUCCUUUUUGCGUCGAGAGUGCGAGCGAACUAAUACACUCAUGAAAUCCACCUGGCUACACAAGUAUUCAGCACGUGCUGCAAGAUCAAUUGUGACGUGUAUUGGUGACAUGAGACGCCUAAUAACACCUCGAAAAUUAAAGGUUUAUAUCAGUAGUAUGGGAUGCCUACAUACAAUGGAUGCAGCAGAGGCUUUAUUUCCACCAGAUGAAGAUACAUGCAGUGAUAUUAAAGAGGAUGCUAGUGAUGUGGAUGACGCCCAGCCCGAUGAUGCGAGUGUAUCUAGUUACGAAAGUGAUACUGAAUUUGUUCAUAAUGACACGGAUGGUGAAAAUGACGAAAUGAGCGACAUUGUUGAUGAAAAUAUCGUAACUGGAAUUAGCAACUCAGAACUAUCAGAAGAAUUUAAUGCCGCCGACGAUACAAGUCACAUUGAAAAUAUGGAAGUAAAUCCAGAUACGGCUGAUUCUGAUUCAGAUAAUUCUGUUGUGUUUUCCUGGCCACAGUAUGAGGUCGUGAUGGACGCUAGUGAUUGCAGUGAUUUUGAUGAUAUGGAGGAUGUAGAGGAUGAUUGGUUCUUAUAGGUUGUGAAUCUUGAGAAAAUAAUAUAUAAAUAGAAUAGAAAAAUAAUAUUGUUGGCACCUAUUGUUGCCAAAAACGUAUUAAUACCCUUGGAGUACUAAAACUGACUGAAUCACUAGUUAUGAUGUUUAUCAUCAUCGGUAUAUGUAUUACCGAAGAGCUAUGUUUUAACAGAGAAAUAAACAUUUAUGCGUGUUCGAAGUUGGAGAAUAAAAAGGAGUCUUUUAGUAGAGACUAAAAACCCUUCGUUAGAAAAGAGCUACAUUAACUGUAGAUCGAGGUGUUUAGACAUGCAAACAUUUUUGAGUCGAUGAAAAUACCAAGAAAGUG